CUGUUGCUUGGCUUGCUGCACAUUGCGUCGACCGCUCGCCUAGCCUCCGUACAUUGUGCGAGCCCCGCUCGCAGGCCACGACGACGGCGGGGAUCCAACACUGGAAAGAGCACCGAGCUCAGCAGCAACAAGUGAAUGGACACGACCCCUCGCUCCACCUUUGCCUUAUCUUUACUACCACGACCAUCAUCAUCGCCAUUGCCGUUGUCUUCCUCAUCGUCUUCAUCAUCAACAUCGUUCGCAGCAGCAUCCUCAUCGUCUGAGGCGCACGCAGACGCCGGAUCAGCGUUGGAUCCUCCACUACCACCACCACCAACAGCAUUGUCGGCUCCCUCCUCGCAUCCACCUACACAUCUAUUCGACCAGCAUCCUGAAACAACAACUGGCAACGUCGUCGACCCUAGCAUCAACACAAACACCGGCUCAACAUCCGCUCUUCAGCUGCUGAAUAUUAGCGGCACUCAGCUGGACGACACCCUCCGAUCCUCCUCCACACCCGCACCGCCGCAAGCCAUCACGACGUCUGACUCAGAGGACCGUAUUCAGUCGUCUCGCCCUCCAAAGAGGGUGCGCCUGUCCCUGGAGGAAGACUCAUCGCCAUCAUCGCCCUCGUCAUCGCUAUCAGUAGACCCGCAAUCGGCCAUCUCGCCGGACAGUCAACCAUCGCAUUCUCGAAUGUCGCGAGCAUACAGGGGCUCAUCAGCCUCGUCAUCGCAUCAUACGAAUGGAGGUGGCAGCAGCAUCAGUAAUGGACACGGCAAUGGCGCCAGCAGUAUGGACAUCGAAGCAGGACCGAGUAGCAACGGUCAUAGCCAUCAUAGACAUGGCAGCACCAGGUUCAGCAACGGCAAAGAUACCAACGGCUCGACGUCGGCAUCACUGCCACCGCCCGAGACGGCCGACUAUGCAGGCUUUCGCCCACUCUAUGAGGGCAGCAGAGUCGAUCGAAGAGAGCUUGUGCGCCUGACUGUGCAAUCGCUGCGUGAGAUGGGAUACGAAUCAUCUGCAAAGUCGCUAGAGGCAGAAGCAGGCGUCAUCCUUGAGCACCCGUCCAUCACCGCCUUUCGCUCAGCUGUCCUCGAUGGCGACUGGCGCAACGCUGAGCGACUACUCAUAGACGGUCUCACCUAUGCGGCAGCACGCAAAGCGCCAGGUUCCAAGGACUCGGUCGUGGCAGGAUCACACACCGCAUCGACAUCAGCUUCGUCCAAUGGCGCAUCUUCGUACUCUACCGCUGCGGACCUCGACAUCGUGCUACGUGACCCCGGCAGCCAGUCGCUCGACUCGAUCCGCUUCCUCUUGCAACAGCAGCGCUACCUAGAGCUUGUUGAGGGUGGCCAUACCAAGAAGGCUCUCUCUGUCCUCCGAGACCGCCUCACGCCGCUCAGCCACGGAUCAGAUCGUCUCCACCUCCUGUCGAGCCUCGUAAUGUCUAGCUCACCGGAAGAGCUCAAGAGUCGCGCCCAGUGGGCAGGCACCGGCGAGCUUUCACGGCGAAAGCUUCUGGAGGACAUCGAGUUUGCCGUAUCGCCCAAUGUGAUGCUGCCCAGUCGCCGUCUACCACAUCUCCUCGAGCAAGCACAGAUGCAUCAAAAGCAGCUCGAUCCCUUCUUCAACCUGCCCUCGUCGUCGCACAUCUCCCUCUACACCGACCAUCGCUCUGACCGGACCAUCUUCCCCUCGACUACAACGCACAUUCUACGUGGCCACGAGGAUCAGGUAUGGGUCAUGGCCUUCUCGCACGACGGGCGGUGGCUUGCCACGGGCGGGAAGGACAAGGUAGUCAUCGUGUGGAGCAUCACGAGUGAACGUUGCGAGAUGGUCACGAAGCUUGGCCCCCAUAGCCACGAGGUUUCGACCGUGGCUUGGUCACCGGAUGAUGCGACGCUGCUCGUUGCGUCGGACACGGACGUGUACCAGUGGCAGUGGCGCACUAGCGAGCAAAGCGUGAUCAGGCGCGCGCACAAGUACACGAUCUAUGCCGCCGAGUGGCAUCCAAGUGGAGACAGCUUCGUGACUGCUGGCAUGGACGGAGACAUUACCUGGUGGAGCCUAGGGAAGCAGCGUAUCGCUGAGUGCAGAACAUGGCCAUCUCGCGUUCUAGCGUUGCGCUUCACUCCGGAUGGCAGGUAUCUUGUUGGCGUCAGUUGGAGAUCAGCACCUCUCAAGCAAGGCGGCCAAUCAGCUUCAAUCUCAAGCUCGACUACAACGGGCGGCAAUGGCGGCUUGGCGAGGCUCUCUGCAGGUCAUCGCGGCUCUGCCUCAACCAAUCGCUCCUCGCAGAACUCUUGGUCGCCGUCUGAAAGCCCCUCGCCCGUACACAUCUUCCGGACGUCGACCGAUUCAGGGGCAGCAUCUGGCUCUCAGUCAUCCCAACCAGGCGUGAUAGGCGUCGGUGGAGGGUCGCGAACAUUCAACGAGGACCAGCGUGGCGCCCUCCAUUUCUGGGGGGUACCUUCUACUCUCUCCGCUGCCGGCAGCAGCGAGCCGGCCAAGCUGACAGACCUAGGUACGAUCUACACCGAGCAGGAAAUGGUCUCUCUCUACCCAUCCAUCGACUCGCAACACAUCUUGGUCAAUCGAAGGCCUAACGAGCUGCAGCUCUGGGACAUUCAUGAGCAGCAAUUGGUUCGCACCUUCCAGGCCGGUCACCGAAUGGAGCAGGACAUGAUCCGCUGUUGCUUCGGUGGGAACGAGGAUAAUUUCGUAGCGACAGGAAGCGAGGAUGGAGCCGUCUACGUUUAUCACCGGGGCACAGGAAAGAUGCUCGGCAGACUGGUAGGCCACGAUGAGCGUGAAGGGCAGAGAAGCGUCAAUGCCGUGGCCUGGCACCCAAGGCUGUGCAGUCUCCUCGCGUCCUGCGGGGAUGAUGGAACGAUCCGCAUUUGGCAACCAGAAGCCGUGGCUGCUGCGGUCAGCAGUGCUGGAGGAGACGUUGACUACAGCGGCGGAAGGGAUCGAGCGAAUACAUCCUUCAACGCGGCUUCCACGGGCCCAAUGCCCUUCCCGUGGUCUAUGAGCCCUAUGCGACCUUCUUCCCCAGAAGAUCCGGAGGCUGCUGCUGCUGCUGCUGGCGAGGGCCCACAUGCUACGAGCCUAGUCGCGAGGAUGCACGCGCAGAGGGCGAGCAGGAUGGCGGCGGGUGGGGCAAGUAGCUCUAGCGGUGCAGGUUCGGGUGGAUUAGUAGGCGAUGAUGCAGAGAUGGCCGAAAAUGACGAGGGCGAGGAUGAAGACGAGGAAGAUGAAGAUGAUGAUGAGGAGGAUGAAGAUGAGGAGCUGGAAGAGGAGGAGGAGGACGAAGACGAUGAGGAGGACGACGUGGAGGAGGACAUUGAGGAGGACGUCGAGGUUCCUGGCAUCCUGUAGGCGGGGCAGUGCGUCUACGGUACACGUGCGGUACGUCCUUCCUCUUCUGCGCAUCCAACACGACAAGCAUAUGGCUUGAAGCAUUGUCAAUGAUCACGACUCU